AGUUUUUUAAUUGAUCGUCCGCUUUUUCUCGCCUCGGGGGGCAGUUUUUGGGACGUUUUACUGGAUAAUGAAGGAAUUCAAGAGGAUCCAGCAGGGAUCGGACGAGAAGUGCAGAGUGAAAAAAGUUUGGGAGGAAACUUUGGAGCAGCUUUUCUUCGCCAUGUCGCGUUUGGAAACUUCAAUCUCAUGAAGAAAACCUCAUCCGCUGCUUUCUCAGGAAGCUGGAUUACUGAAGAAUUCAAAGUGAUCAGUUCUUUUUCUUGUAUUUUUACUGCACGGUUGAAUCUCUUCCCCCCUCCACAAGAUGUCUUCCCAGGCUCGGAGCCCCAUUGUUGGCUUCUGCGGGAUGCUUUGCGUCUUGGCUGCCUGGCUGCCAGGCUCCGGGGCAGUGUUGUCUCCAAACGGGACCAUAUUUGAGGAUAAAUGCAAGAAAACCUCCACUUGUGAGGUUCUGAAAUACAACACAUGUCUGGGAUCGCCUUUGCCAUAUACUCAUACUUCUCUGGUCCUGGCUGAGGACUCCAGCACCCAAGAAGAAGCUUUUGAGAAGUUGACCAUGUGGUCUGGUUUGCGGAACGCUCCUCGCUGUUGGUCGGUCAUCCAGCCUUUGCUCUGUGCCGUCUACAUGCCCAAAUGCGAGAACGGCCGAGUGGAGCUGCCCAGCCAGAGCCUGUGUCUGGCGACGCGUCGGCCGUGCAGCAUCGUGGAUCGGGACCGAGGCUGGCCCACCUUCCUCACAUGUGACAAAUUCCCUGUGGGCUGCGCGAACGAGGUGCAGAAACUGAAGUUCAACACAUCGGGUCAGUGUGAAGCCCCCCUGGUGAAGACCGACAUUCAGUCCAGCUGGUACAAGGACGUGGAGGGCUGCGGCAUCCAGUGCGACAACCCUCUGUUCACCGAGGAGGAGCACAAUGACAUGCACGCCUACAUCGCCUACUUCGGCACCAUCACCCUCCUCUGCACCUUCUUCACACUGGCCACGUUUCUCGCUGACUGGAAAAACUCCAACCGCUACCCGGCCGUCAUCCUCUUCUACAUCAACGCCUGCUUCUUUGUAGGAAGUAUCGGCUGGCUGGCCCAGUUCCUGGACGGAGCGCGCAAGGAGAUUGUGUGCAAGAGCGACAACACAAUGCGACUCGGGGAGCCGUCGUCUUCAGAAACACUCUCAUGUGUCACGAUCUUCAUCAUCGUCUACUACUCCCUGAUGUCGGGCGUGAUUUGGUUCGUGAUGCUCACGUAUGCCUGGCACACGUCCUUCAAAGCCCUGGGAACAACUCACCAGCCGCUGUCCGGUCGAACCUCCUACUUCCACAUGGUCACCUGGUCCGUCCCCUUCGUCCUCACUGUGGCCAUCCUGGCUAUCGCUGAGGUGGACGGAGACUCGGUGAGCGGCAUCUGCUUUGUCGGCUACAGAUACUACAGAUACCGCGCCGGCUUUGUGCUGGCGCCCAUCGGCGUGGUGCUUGUCGUCGGCGGCUACUUCCUCAUUCGGGGUGUCAUGACGUUAUUUUCCAUCAAGAGUAACCACCCAGGACUGUUGAGCGAGAAAGCAGCCAGUAAAAUCAAUGAGACCAUGCUGAGACUUGGUAUAUUUGGAUUCCUCGCUUUUGGCUUCGUGUUCAUCACCUUCGGCUGCCACUUCUAUGACUUCUUCAACCAGGAGGAAUGGGAGAAGAGCUUCAGAGAAUACGUGCUGUGUGAAGCCAACGUGACCAUCGCCUCUCAGACCAACAAGCCGAUCCCAGAGUGCACCAUUAAGAACCGUCCCAGCCUGAUGGUGGAGAAGAUCAACCUGUUCUCCAUGUUCGGGACGGGAAUCGCCAUGAGCACCUGGGUCUGGACCAAAGCCACCAUCCUCAUCUGGAAACGCACCUGGUGCAAGCUCAUCGGCCGCAGCGACAACGAACCGAAGAGGAUCAAGAAGAGCAAGAUGAUCGCCAAGGCUUUUGCGCUCAGGAAGGAGCUCCACAAGGACCCGGAGAAGGAGCUGUCCUUCAGCAUGCACACUGUGUCCCACGAUGGGCCAGUGGCUGGAAUCAAUUUUGACCUGAAUGAGCCGUCCAAUGACAUGUCGUCAGCUUGGGCGCAGCACGUGACCAAGAUGGUGGCCAGAAGAGGCGCCAUCCUGCCUCAGGACAUUUCUGUUACUCCCACUGGUACACCAGUGCCACCUCCAGAGGAGAGGAACAGGCUGUGGAUGGUGGAGGCCGAGAUUUCGCCAGAGAUGAUAAAGAGGAAAAAGAAGAAGAAGAAGAGGAAGAAGGAGGUGCGUCCGGUCGAGGAGGUGGUGGACCACCAGGCGUAUCGUCAGCGGGAGUUUGGGCGCAGCUCAGUGCCCCGACUACCCAAGCUGCCCUGCCACCCGAGCCUGGUGGCCAACCUGCGGGAACAGCAGAGGCAGCAGCAGCAGAAGAUGGAGGAGGAAGUCCUGCCGGGGUCGUACCCCGACUACCAGCCGUCACACCGUCUGUCCUGUGAGGAGAGGUGUCCCUACCUGCAAUAUCAGAGCAGCCGGAGCGACUACGGCCGCAGCCUGCUGUCCAACCCACUGACCCUCAACGAUUGUCCAGAGGAUCUGGGCCUCGGGCCACGCUGCCCCCCACAAACCUCCAACUGGCAGCCCAGCUACCCCGAAGAGAUGGACCUGCCCGAUGGGAUAUCAGAGAGAAUGGCCCACGUGGCUCGGGUACCAGCAGGACGCAGAGCUGGCUACGGACCCAUCCACUCCAGGACCAAUUUAAUGGAGGCGGAGCUCAUGGACGCUGACUCUGACUUCUAAAAUCAAAGCUCCGAUAUUCUGCUUUGUGGUAGACACACAGUAAGCUAGAAAAAAGUGCUGGAUACUUUCACAGAUUCUUACUAAGGUGCACCGAAUUCCCAACGACCAGUGGUCAAGAUGGAAAAAAGCUGGUCAGUCUAUAAUUUCUUUAUAUUUUUAUCAUGUUUUUUUUUUUUGUUUGUUUUGUUGUUUUUUUUAGAAAAGUGAAAGGGAUAAAAUUUAAAAAAAUAUGUUGUGAAUAAGUUAAUGAAAAAAUAUUUUUUAUACUUUAUUUGUGUCCAAUACAUUUUCAAAGGCAACUCCACGAUGACAAAACAAUUAAGGCAGCUAAACUGUGCAUGGCUUGAAACAACACAGAUCUCUUUAUCCUGAAACUCAUUCAGUUCAUCAGCUGGUGUCUGUUCAACCUGCUGGUUACACCAUUAAAGUGUGCGACACAGUGGGAUUCAGUGUUAUUGGUGCCCGUCAAGGAUGAGUUGCUAAUUGAUCCAAUCAGCUUGUUCCUGGGAUAAUCAGAAAUGAUUUCGAUUAAGACGACUCUAGAAAACCGUUUUAGAGUCGAUCAUAUUAUUGGAUUGAUUCUGGGUUAAAAAUUCUGAUUUCUACAGAAUACAGUAUAAGACAAAAAGCUGUAGGCUUCCUGCAAAUACUGUUGAUCCCAAGCCUUGUCUUGUAUUAUAUUUUAAUGUUUUUAAGACUCCAGCUUUGUCUUCUCACUGCUAUAUAGUCACUAAUUACUUGUGUUCAUGUACAGUUAACUUGAGGUACUAACCGUUAUCUCCCUCAUCCUUUUAAUACUAAUAUCACAUACUGGCCGAACUUUAAACACUUGGUUUUAAACAGAAGCGCUGCAGUACUAAAAGCCCAAUAAAGUUUAUUUUGUCACACAGUUUUAAGUCGAACACAUCGUGACUCCACGUCUAAACAGAAUUAGCCAAAUUAUCGUUGUCCUUUCUUUAAUUUUUUGACAUCCUAAAAUACCUGUUAAGUAGUUACUGAGCUAAAAAUACAUACUAAAUAUUUGUAUACGCUCUGUUGCCUGGUGCAAUAAUUCAACCCUUUGUUUAUUUUUUGUUUGGAGGAAAACUUAUUGCAGUCACACUGCAUCGGACUGAAUGGAAUGGCCAUGUUUUUCUUAAUGAAUUCUCCUUGUACAUUUCAACUUUCCUCCCUUGUACAUUUUUUUUAAAGGUUAUUUUUUUACAUCUGUAUUUCUACUUUUGUUUAUCUGUUGUAUAUAUUCAGUUUGAACUGUUCUUGUGUGUUUCCUCUUUGGUGCAGUUUGGAUUUUCUGCACCACAGUCGGCUUGUUUUUUGGAUUUUUUUUUUUUUUUUUUCCCGACAUCUUUUUUUUUUUUCAUCUGAAAAUGCUGAUAUUUGUCAGUCUCUCUCUUUUUUUAAAUGUGUGUACUGUAUAUAUGCUAUUCAUAGAUUUCUCAAUAUGGUUAUUAUUUGUACAAAGUUAUAAUUCUUCUGCUAAGAUAAUAAAUACAAAGGGAAGAGUCAACUGUUCUAUAAAAAAAACAAAAAAAAAACUGCCACCGUUUUUAGUGCUGUAACCAAACUGUCACCUGGUGUCGUCAUGUCAGUUUACACUCGCUGUGGAUAAAUGAUGCUGAAGUGAACUGUGCUAAAUGGCUUCUUUGCCGAAUAUUAGUAUUUCAUGUGAGAUGAGUAAAAGAGAGAAUUAUUUAUGUUCCUGUUGGUUACCACACUGCUAUCUGUUCAACAAUGUGGACAGUUUGGUGACAGAAAUCCAAUAUCUGAUGUCAACCUAAAAAGUUCAAGGAUUUAUUAAAAUAUUAAAUGAAGAUUACUUUUGAAAUGUUUAUGUCUUUAAAAAAAGCAAUUUGUGUUCGAACGCUGUCAAAAGAUUUACUGUUGCUUUUUGUGUUUAGUCUCCCAACUGUGUAAAAAAAAAGAAAAAGAAA